UGGGGCCGCCGCGGCACCAGUGGCGGCUCCGCAUCUCCAAAAGGGGCCCGCCGACGCCUCGCUGGGCCAGUCGGGCGCUAGGUCGUGGAUCCCCGCGCAACUCCCCCUGGUCCCUGAAGGGGUCCCUCCUCCCAGAGUUUCGAACAACUUUCCCCUGUCCCUGGCGCGGCGGUGGCUCGGGGGCCGUGGCCGCCGCAGGCAGCUGAGCCCCGGGCCACGCUCCCCGCGCCUCGGCUGCGCGCGCGCGCGGGUCGCUGCGGGUCUCGGUGCACGCUGGGGAUCCCCGAGCGUGGCUCUGAGGGCGAGAUGCCCCUGGGACACAUCAUGAGGCUGGAUCUGGAGAAAAUCGCCCUGGAGUACAUCGUGCCCUGCCUGCACGAGGUCGGCUUCUGCUACCUGGACAACUUCCUCGGCGAGGUGGUGGGCGACUGCGUCCUGGAACGCGUCAAGCAGCUGCACUGCAACGGGGCCCUGCGGGACGGCCAGUUGGCGGGGCCGCGCGCCGGCGUCUCUAAGCGGCACCUGCGGGGCGACCAGAUCACGUGGAUCGGGGGCAACGAGGAGGGCUGCGAGGCCAUCAGCUUCCUCCUGUCCCUCAUCGACAGGCUCGUCCUGUACUGCGGGAGCCGGCUGGGCAAAUACUACGUCAAGGAGAGGUCCAAGGCAAUGGUGGCUUGCUACCCAGGAAAUGGGACAGGUUAUGUUCGACACGUGGACAACCCCAACGGCGAUGGCCGCUGCAUCACCUGCAUCUACUAUCUGAACAAGAAUUGGGAUGCCAAGCUACACGGUGGGGUCCUGCGGAUAUUUCCAGAAGGGAAGUCAUUUAUAGCAGAUGUGGAACCCAUUUUUGACAGACUCUUGUUCUUCUGGUCAGACCGCAGGAAUCCACAUGAAGUCCAGCCUUCCUAUGCAACCAGAUACGCCAUGACUGUUUGGUACUUUGAUGCUGAAGAGAGAGCAGAAGCCAAAAAGAAAUUCAGGAAUUUAACUAGGAAAACAGAAUCUGCCCUCACCGAGGAUUGACCGUGCUCUGAAAUCCGCUGACCUCGUUCGUUUUAGUCAUGGCUCCUGAGAUCUCUUUAAGAGUUGAGAUCCAAAGAAGGCCUCUUCAGUGACUCGGUGACAAGAAGCCCCCUCCGACUGCUUGCAUCAUUCACAUCCCUGUCUUGCGUAUGGUACUUUGUGUUUUCUUGCCAAGACUGCAUCCUCCACCUUCAGACACUCUCUUUGCCAGAUGAACUCAUUUUGCUAACUCCAGAAAUACCUGCAGAUGACCCAGCGGGCCAGCGGUUCAACUGAUAGAUUUGAUAAUACUGGCUACCAAAACGAGAUCCUGGAAGCAUGGGCAAGGGAAUGAAUCUUACUUGCACUUUAUGUACACUUCCUGAUUUGAAAGGAGGAGGUUUGCAAAGAAAAACAAAAUGGUGACAGAUGCCACAGAGAGGCAUCCGUGAAACCUUAACUGCAGGAAACAGAAAUUUGUGUCAUCUGAACAAUUUCCAGAUGUUCUUAAUCCAGGGCUUUUGGGGUUUCUGGAGAAUCAUCACAACCUAAUGACAUUAUUACUCUAGAAAGGGCUGCUGUCAUAGUCAUCAGUUUAUAAGUAUCCUGUGGGUGGACACUCUUUUUUUUUUUUUUUUUUUUCCUUGUCCUGAAACCUAGACUUUCUGCCUCUCCUCCAUUUUGCUGAAAAUAGGACUUUCUGGUCAGAGAUGAUACACCAUCUAUUUUUUACUUUCACUUCUAACUUAAAGAACCUAAUUUCCCAGAGGCAAAAACUAGACCUUAAUUGUUUAGGUUACUUUGUUGAAAUGGAAUUUGAAUUUCAGUCAAAGGGGGGAAAAGAACCUACCUGGUUGGUAGUUCAGAAGCAACCACGUCUGGUAAUGGUAUCAAAAGGCCAAUACCCGACAAGCCUGUGUGCAUCUUGGACAGUCUGCGAAUGGCAGUGGGGUUGGAAAUGUAGGCAUUCCCAUGUUUCAGUUUUCCUUUUUUAAUGCGCUCACCCUUCUUUAACAGAAUGAGAAAAUAACAAAAAAUGGGGUGUUGUGUUUUAAAAAGGAAAUGGAGAUGAAUCAAGAGAAUCCCGUGAGACUAUUUGAGUGUGUCUACACGUUUCUGUCCCUAGGAGCCUUUCCUCAACGGAAUUGACUCUCGGACCCACUGUGUCUGGCAGAAUGUCCAGAAUCUUGGAAUUCACUAGGAAUGUGGGAGGUCCUGCUAAUGCAGCAAACUCAAGAACUCCGGAUUGUACACCUGUUUUAGGAGAGUUAGUCUUUCUGGUUUUCAGUUCCAUUUUCAUAUCUUUAAAUCCCUUUAGUUUCUUGCAUAGGAAUGCCAUAAACAGUAAAGAGCCAGAAAUAUAUUCUUUUGUCAUUUAUAGAUAAUAUACACUUUCCAAGAAAGAAACAUUUUUUUUUUCCCAUUUCUGGUUUUGGAAAAUUUCCAGAUAAGACUUGUCUUCAUUCUCACAACUGCUCAAUUUUUUUUUCAUAGUAAUUAUCACCUUCUAACCUCCUAUGUAAUUUACUUAUUUAUUACGUUUCUUGUCUUGUAUCCUUCCUCUAGAGUGUAAGCACAAUGAAGACAGGGAUUUUUGUAUGUUUUUCAUCAAUGGAAUGUAUUCGCAGCACCUAAAAUAGUGCCUGGCACUUUAAGGGCUCAGUAAAUACUUGUUGAAUAAACUUGCUCUCCUA